AUGUCGCAGUUGGUGCCCUAUCACCUUGUCAGCGGCGAGCAGGACGACAGUCUUAUGUUCGCUACCAUGUUCGAUUACCAAACGGACGAAUACAAUAAGCCAGUGGAUCUGAUAAACGAGUCUAUCAAUUGCGCAAUAACACAACCGGAUUUGUCGGCGGCGCGGUACGGCGGCAGCUCCGACGCUAACCUUUACGAAGCGAAAAGUCCGGCUGACUUGACCUACAUCAAACUUGUGAAAUUUCUCCAGCGGCACACUGUUUGCUGCUUCCAAGAACGCACGUCCGCGCGGUAUUCCCCAAACGACAGGGUCGUUUUUCAUGCGUGGAAUUGA